GCGACAAUUUCGCGCCAUUAAUUAAUUAACUGUGGGGCAGUGAAAAUUUAUUUACGAAUUAUGUUUAGUUAGUGAUAAAAAUGAUUUCGGCAGUAAGAAAUACUGUAUAAAUAAUCUGUUUUUGUAAUAGUUUUGAUGAAUAAUAUUUGUGGCAAUUGUGGGCUGUAAAUGCUGUAAUACUAUGCCGGUUACUGUUCAAUCUCAAGACAUGGGUGUGAAAACUGAUGAAAGGCAGUCUCAGUCUCCCCAAAACGAUGGUGAUGAAAAAGGACAUGUAAUCCAAAGCCCUUUGACACCAUCACCCAAAUCUAGACCCAGGAGAAAUCUCACUCGAAAAGGAAAUCAAAAGUGUAUUUCUGAUAUGUUCCCAAUAAAAAGAAGUAGAAGUCCACAAGAAAGUGAAGAAGUGCUUAGUAAAAAGAAAAAAAUUGAUGACAACAGCAAUCAAAAUAAUGGUCCAACAAAUUCUAACAGCAGCCUCGAUGGGCAAGAUAUAAACAUAGUAUUAGAAAAAGAGCCUGACUCUUUAAAAACACAAGAAGAUAAUAGCGCUGAAGUAGAAAGUUUAGACAAAAGCAAGACGAAUGAUGAUGCCCCAGAUGUGGUUAUAACUGAUGAAAUCAAGCAAAAUGAUACUGAUUUUCAUAAUGAUAAUACUAAAAAUAAUAAUGAAGUUUUGGACACUGAGAAAUGUACUAUAUGUGGACAAUUUCUCAAUAAUUCAGACAUUAUUUACUAUCAAGGGCACCCUCAAGAUGCAGUGGAAGAGUUUAUAGCUUUGACCAAUGAAAAGUUGGUUCUGGCAUCAGGGGAUGAGGGGGAUAUCAUGGAGAGACCACAAACAAACAUAACAGGAUUCUCAAUAUUUGAUGAGCAAGGGCAUUUGUGCCCCAUCGAUGGAGGGCUAGUUGAAAAUGAUGUACGGAUAUACAUGUCUGGGUAUCUAAAAUCAAUUUGCUCAGAUUCCCCUGAUAUAGAUGAGGAAUCGAUACCUGUCAAGGAUGUUGGUCCCAUUAUUGAAUGGUUCAUUCAUGGCUUUGAUGGAGGUAACAGAAAUUGUAUAACAUUGUCUACUGAAUUUGGAGAGUACAAUUUGAUGAAACCUAGUGAAGCUUAUACUCCACUAAUGAAUAAUUUAUAUGAAAAGAUCUGGUUAAGUAAAGUGGUUGUUGAAUAUUUAGAAGAAUACCAUUAUCUUCAGCCAUCAUAUGAAGAUUUACUUGAAGUGAUUCGAGAGGCCACUAUUCCUGAACUUGAUAAUAAAAAAAUGAGUGAAGAAAUGCUUCAUAAACACGCACAAUUUGUUUGCGAUCAGGUAGUCAGCUUAGAAGCAGAUGAGGAUGAUGAUCCUCUAAUAACUUUACCGUGCAUAAGAGAAUUGAUUAAAUUAAUGGGCAUUAAGUUCGGUAAACGUAAAGUCCGUGCCAAGAUUGAUUAUAAAAAAGUUGAUAAAAAGGCUUGGACUAAAGCAACCACUACCCCCUUAGUAAGAAAAACUUUUGAAAGUUUCUUUUCAAACCAGUUGGACAAAACUAAUCAUGAGCUCACACUGAGAAGGAAGAGAUGUGGAGUUUGUGAGGCCUGCCAGUUACCAGACUGUGGUGAAUGCAAUGCUUGCCGAGCUAUGGCUAAAUUUGGUGGUCAUGGAAGAACAAAAAAGGCCUGUGUUCGCCGACUGUGUCCCAAUAUGGCAGUAGAACAAGCUGAAGAUUCAGAACUAGAUGAUGAUGAUGACUUCCAAAGUAUGGUAGAAAAGAAGCAUCAUGAUAAAAUCGAAGAUGUUGUCCCGGUGAAAUUAACAGGAGCGAAUAAUAGAAAGAUAAAAUGGAUUGGUGAUCCAGUUAAAGCAGAUUCAACAAAAAUUUAUUAUGAAAAAGUUGAAAUUGAGGGAUCUGAACUUCAAAUCGGUGACUUUGUGAUGGUAGAAACUUCACAACCCAAUAUACCAGCCUUAGUAACUAGAGUGGUAUACAUGUGGCAAGAAACAAUAAAUCCUAAAUCAGGUUAUUUCCAUGGCGAGGUUUUUAUUAGAUCCUCUGACACAGUUUUGGGAGAAGUGAGUGAUCCCAGGGAGGUGUAUUUAGGCGAUAGGUGUUGUCAUGGCGCCCCUUUGUCCUCAAUAUUAAGAAAAGCUUAUGUGGAAAGAAAAUCGGUGCCUAACGAUUGGUUCAAACUUGGAGGCAAAGAGGUUGUCGAUGAAGCAUUUGAAGAUGAUGGAAAAACAUAUUUUUACCAAAAAUAUUAUGAAAGAUUUACAGCCCGUUUUGAAGAUAUACCUACAGAUCCUAUUUGUCCUAACGAUUUAAGGAAACACAGGUUUUGUCCAUCAUGUGAACGGAAAACGAAAAAGGACGCAAAGAACAUUCCAAGGGUUUCUGGAAAACUAGCUGAAAAAUCGGAUGCGGUACCUGAAGAAAAUAGAACCGAGUGGUCUGUAGUGAGAUGGCAGGACUAUGAUUUUAAAAAAGGCUCAGGCGUUUUCCUGAAACCUGGAACAUUCUUGCUUAAAAAUAAUUUGGCCAACAACACAAACCAAAGAGCUCCUAAAAUCGAUAAAGUAGACGAAAACAUCUACCCGGAGUAUUACAGAAAAAGCGAUAAUUAUUUGCGCGGUUCCAACGUAGACACCGGUGAACCUUUCUGUGUGGGAUACGUCGCGGCCGUCGUGGCGGCCAGCGACGGCCCUCUGAUAGUGCCCCAGGACAUCUAUCUGAAAGUUCACGUACUGUACAGGCCGGAGAACACCACCAGCCGCUUCCCCCAGCACGAGGACCUGAACGUCGUUUACUGGACCGACGAAAUCCGAGAAGUUCCGUUCUCGGCCGUGGUCGGCCCGUGCAGCAUACACUACGAGAGCAACAUUCCAAACGACGAAUCCUUACACGACUGGUUGGAGAAAGACCCGAACAGGAUUUACUUCAGGAUGGCGUUCGACAAGACCAGCGGCCAGUUCGUGAGCGUGCCUCACCACGCCACGGGCGUAGGUCGGACCGAAAAAGGGAAAGACAAGGGGAAGGGGAAAGGGAAGUCGAGCAAGCCGGCGGAGGCGAGCUCGCGAGCCCCGGAGGCGAGGGUACGGCCGCUGAGGACGCUGGACGUGUUCGCGGGCUGCGGCGGGCUGUCGGACGGGCUGCACCAGGCCGGCGUGGGCGAGUGCCGCUGGGCGAUCGAGAACGUGGAGGCGGCGGCGCACGCGUACUCGCUCAACAACCGCGGCUGCGUGGUGUUCAACGAGGACUGCAACGCGCUGCUGCGCGAGGCGCUGGGCGGCGCCACGCACGCGCGCGGCCUGCGCCUGCCCGCGCAGGGCGAGGUGGAGCUGCUGUGCGGCGGCCCGCCCUGCCAGGGCUUCUCCGGCAUGAACCGCUUCAACUCGCGCGAGUACUCCAACUUCAAGAACUCGCUCGUCGCGUCCUACCUCUCGUACUGCGACUACUACCGGCCGAAGUACUUCAUCCUGGAGAACGUGCGCAACUUCGUCGCGUUCAAGAAGGGCAUGGUGCUGAAGCUGACGCUGCGGGCGUUGCUCGACAUGGGCUACCAGUGCACGUUCGGCAUCCUGCAGGCGGGAAACUACGGCGUGCCGCAGACCCGGAGGCGGUUGAUUAUAUUCGCGGCGGCGCCGGGCUACAAGCUGCCGCUGUAUCCCGAGCCGACUCACGUGUUCAGCCGGCGCGCGUGCUCGCUGACCACCACCAUCGACGGGAAACGCUUCGCCACCAACAUCCACUGGGACGAGUCAGCGCCGCGCCGGACUUGCACCGUCCAGGACGCGAUGAGCGACCUGCCUCGCAUCUGCAACGGAGCGAACAAAGUGGAGAUAGAUUACGGGUCCAUGCCCGAGAGCCAUUUCCAGCGUUUGGUGAGAAGUAAAGAUGAGACCGCGAAAUUGCGGGACCACAUCUGCAAAAACAUGGCCCCGUUGAUUCAAGCCAGGAUCUCGAGGAUUCCGACGACCCCGGGAUCCGAUUGGAGGGACCUUCCGAACUUAUCGGUCACCCUGUCGGAUGGAACUAAAUGUAAGGUGCUGCAGUACCGUUACGAAGACAAGAAGAACGGGCGGUCGUCGACGGGCGGCUUACGCGGCGUGUGCGCAUGCGCGGCCAACGGCACCUGCUCGCCCGGCGACAAGCAGGAGAACACGCUCAUUCCCUGGUGCCUGCCGCACACCGGCAACCGCCACAACAACUGGGCCGGCCUCUACGGGCGCAUAUCGUGGGAUGGGUACUUCAGCACGACGGUGACGGACCCCGAGCCGAUGGGCAAGCAGGGCCGCGUGCUCCACCCGGAGCAGGCGCGCGUGGUGUCGGUGCGCGAGUGCGCGCGCUCGCAGGGCUUCCGCGACGCCUACGUGUUCGCCGGCUCGCUGCAGGACAAGCACCGGCAGAUUGGAAAUGCGGUACCGCCUCCACUGGGUGCGGCGUUGGGUAGAGAAAUAAAGAAAGCACUGGCUGCAAGUAUUUCUUCUUAACUUUAUUGACAUCAAUAUUGUGAUCAAAUAA